AUGGACAAACUCCCUCUCGAUAUCUUCUUCGACAUCCUCUCAAGAAUCCCCGUAAAAUCACUACUCCAAUCGCGAUCCGUCUCCAAACCCUGGCUCCACGUCAUCGACCACCCAUUCCUUGCCUCCAUGCACGCAUCGCGAUGUUCAGCCGAAGAACCAAAUACCCUACUGAAGAUCCCUGACUGCGCCGCCCACAACCAGAAACCGUUGACUUUCCAUGCUGUGAGAGAACACCGCCGGAGUCUAAGAGCGACCGAGAAGCCAAUCGCGACGUUUUCGGACUGGAGUCGUUGCACGCCGAUGGGUUCCUGUAACGGGUUGCUCUGCUUCGCAUGCCACAAGGACAAACAAUGUCUCGUCCUCUCCAAUCCUCUUCGGAACGUAUUUUUCGCGCUACCAAAGGCGACGAUAAACAGUUCCGAAGAGGAUUAUUUGGUGAGCUGCGGCUUGGGUUUCGAUGCGCGUACUAGUAGCUACAAAGUCGUUCGCAUUCUUUGUUCGUUAGCGGGUCCGGACACAUCGAGAGUCGAGGUACACAGAGUCGGAACAAGUUCAUGGGAAGAGAUAGCCGAAGUUCCUCCUUACCCGGUGCACGGGAAGGCGGUGUUCGCUCACGGAAUUUUGCACUGGCUGGUUAGCCCUUUCGUCCAAGACUUCUUGGCAUGCACCACGGAUUCGAUAGUUGCUUUCAACGUCGGGGAGGAGAAAUUCCAAUUAACCCCUCCUCACCCGACGUACCAAUCCAGGAACACGACGCUGUUCCAGUUGCUUGAUCUGAAGGGUGAUCUGGGAAUGGCUGAUCUUUCUUCUCAAGAAAGGAUUGAUGUAUGGGUGAUGAAGGAUUUAGAGUGGGUGAGAGAAUACAGGAUUGAGAUGCACGCGCCGUGGGGGAGGGUUAACAAUGGGCAUGUUCAAGUGAUUGGACUGUGGGGGGAGAAGAAUGGGGAAAUAAUGAUGAAGACUGAUGAAGGGUUUUUCAUUUACAGUGCAAAGACUGGGGGGUUGAGGUAUGAUCAGAGUUUGGGUCUGGAAUCUGAUUCAGUUCUGGUUUUUAGUCUCAGGGGGAGCUUAAUUCAUGAUUUGACAACAAAAUGUUUUUAA